CUUUGUCUAAACUGUAAUGCACCUGUUAGUGGAGGUGACUCACUGAUAAUAACCGUCUACAGGACCAUCAUCUACCUGUCCGUCGUCUACGUGAUCGGCCAUGUGGUGAAGUCGGUCGGAGCCAUUCCCACUGUGGGAAACAGCAACGUGCACAUCUCUCUGUCCAUGUUGGGUCUGAUUCUCAUCGCCUUCGGCACCGGAGGAAUCAAACCCUGCGUGGCGGCUUUUGGUGGAGACCAGUUUGACGAGGAGCAUGGCAACGAGAGGCGGAAGUUCUUCUCCAUCUUCUACAUGUCGAUCAACGCCGGCAGCCUUCUGUCCACCAUCAUCACGCCGAUACUGAGAGGAGACGUUCAGUGUUUCGGAGGCGACUGCUACGCUCUGGCCUUCGGGGUUCCUGCUGCUCUGAUGAUGGUGGCUUUAUGUGAGUGAGACGUCAGGCAUGAUGGAAGCUGCAUUCUCUCUAGUGUGCACCAGGGGGCGACUCCUCUG